CGCCGUCGCUCUUCAGUCGCUCUCGCCGGGAGCCACCGCAUCGAGGGCGUCCGCGCGACGAGCCAGACCAGCCACGCAAGAUGGCUAUGUGUCGCUGACGGGAAACCGACGAAAGGGAGCGGACAGGGGUACAGACAGCCCGCGGAUUAACGGAACAUGCGGCUACGUGACCGUCGGGCCCGUCCCUGAAGAGAGAGACACUGGCCAAGAAGCGAGAGGGAAUGUGUGACAUGUUCAUCCAAACACAGCAGACGAGUAGCGUCAACGGCAGCAGCAGCAGCAGCAGCAGCAGCAGCAGUAACAACACCGGUCACCACCACAGUAAGAAGCGCAAGUUGGAUUACAACGUGAGCCAGCCGGUGAUCCAGCACGCAUUGGUCCAAUCGACCAGCGACUACCAAUUGGACAAUACCGGUCUACAACAACGGUACUCCGUGAACGGUGCUAAUACCGCGUUCAGCUCGCUGCACAAUAAUAAUGCGCUGCAGAAGAGUAGUCCGAACCAGCAGACCUUGGUACGAGCCUCGACGAUCAAGCUCUUAGACACGUACCAGCGCUGUGGCCAGAAGAGAAAAACUUGGUCGAGGGAAGGUAAUGGUGACGGCCUGGCAAUCCACUCCGCGAAUGUGGUGGGUAGUUCUGUAGUGUCGCACCAUACUCAACAGCAACAGCAGCUGCAGCAACAACAACAGCAACAACACAGCAAGCAGGCGAGUAUGACGGCGCAUAGCAAGCAAGUGGCCAACGCGGCCAACGGCGGCGGCAGUAGCAAUCCCCAGGGCGACGGGGAUUAUCAUUUGGUGCAGCACGAAGUUCUCUACUCUAUGACCAACCAGUAUGAAGUCCUCGAGUUUCUCGGCAGAGGUACUUUCGGACAGGUUGUAAAAUGUUGGAAAAAAGGAACAAGCGACAUAGUAGCCAUCAAAAUUCUAAAGAACCAUCCUUCGUAUGCGCGCCAAGGUCAGAUUGAGGUCUCCAUCCUGUCUCGACUUAGUCAGGAAAAUGCGGAUGAGUUCAAUUUCGUGCGCGCCUACGAGUGCUUCCAGCACAAAUCACAUACCUGCUUGGUAUUUGAAAUGUUAGAACAAAACCUCUACGAUUUCUUGAAGCAGAAUAAAUUUUCACCUUUACCGCUCAAGUACAUUAGGCCCAUUCUGCAGCAAGUAUUGACUGCGCUGUUGAAACUGAAGCAAUUAGGAUUGAUACAUGCUGAUUUGAAACCAGAGAACAUUAUGCUGGUGGAUCCAAUGCGUCAGCCCUAUCGAGUGAAAGUCAUUGAUUUCGGAUCGGCCUCGCACGUAUCCAAAGCCGUCUGUAACACCUACCUGCAAUCGCGAUACUACCGCGCACCCGAGAUCAUACUGGGACUUCCGUAUUGUGAAGCGAUAGAUAUGUGGUCGCUCGGCUGUGUGGUCGCAGAGUUGUUUCUGGGAUGGCCUCUAUAUCCGGGCAGUUCCGAAUAUGAUCAAAUUCGAUAUAUAAGUCAAACGCAGGGCCUACCGACUGAGCAUAUGCUAAACAAUGCUAGCAAAACAACAAAAUUUUUUUAUCGGGACAUGGACAGUACAUAUCCAUUUUGGCGAUUAAAGACACCGGAAGAACACGAAGCAGAGACUGGUAUCAAAUCCAAGGAAGCGAGAAAAUAUAUUUUUAAUUGCCUUGACGAUAUCGGUCAGGUGAAUGUACCGACUGACUUAGACGGCGGUCAACUUUUGCCAGAAAAAGCAGAUAGGAGAGAAUUUAUUGACCUUUUGAAAAGAAUGCUUACAAUGGACCAGGUAGAGCGCCGUAUAACACCCGGCGAAGCACUGAACCACGCGUUUGUUACUCUGGCACAUCUAGUCGAUUACGCGCAUUGUAACAACGUCAAAGCUUCCGUCCAAAUGAUGGAGGUUUGCAGGCGCGCUGGAGACUUUACUGCGAGUCCUGCGCAUCAUCAAGCUCCGCCGGCGCCUCAGCCACCUCCACCAACGUCUUUAGUAGCCAACUUUGUACCAACUACCAAUGGCAGUGCGGUGACUCUCACCUUCAACAAUCAAUUGUCUAAUCAAGUGCAACGAUUAGUCAGAGAACACCGCACCGCGCAAACAGGAUAUGACAAUCUAUAUCAAAUAUAUAGCAACAGUAGUCGACGGGCGACACAAUACAGCGGUUCAUCAAGCGGAUCUAACAGCGGACGUAGUGGUAUGCACGACUUUCCGCAUCAACUGGUACCCAGCAUAUUGUGUCCACCGCAUGGCUACCAGACUAUGCCAAGUCCUGCGAAGCAUGUAGUUGUUGCUCAACCACCUCAAGCGCAACAGGCACCUUUGCAGAUACAAUCGUCGAUUAUAUCGCAGCAAGCCGUGGCCGCGGCAGCUGCAGCUGCCCAGCAACAAUAUGCUGCAGUUCCCGUGUCUAUGGUCGAGACUGGCCGGCAAAUGUUGCUUACCAAUGCUGUGCAGACAUCUUGGCCUGGUGGAAGUCGUCAAAUGGCCGCAAUCGUACCGUCGUGGCAACAAUUACCGCCUCAGCACAUCCAGCAGCCGCUGCUGAGUGAUACUGGAGAUUGGGGAAGACCCCUUAUCGUCGACAGUUCGGCUAUUUUACAGGAUCAGCGGCCGGUAUUUCCUGUCACGGAAGUUUACAAUGCUAGUGCACUUGUCGAACAUCCACCGCAAAGCUGGGGCAAGCGCACCGUUACCAAACACCAUCAGCAUCAUGUGACGGUACCUCAGCAGACUCAGCACAGACAUGAACAUAAGAAAGAGACCCAACAACUGAGUCCGGUGAAGAAGCGAGUCAAGGAGAGCACCCCACCGAGUAGCAUGCGACGACACUCGCCAACGUCAAGCAGCCAUUGGCAGGAGCAACCGGUGCAUACUCAUCAUCAUCACAGUAGCAAGCACAGUAGUAGUCAUAACGUGGAGCAUCAGCCGGUCGCAUCCGUGCGACAGCAAACUAUCACGAUUGAUGACACGCCUUCGCCAGCUGUUUCCGUUAUUACGAUCAGUGAUAGUGAAGAUGAAGCACCUGGGAAAUGCUGUGGAGACCGUCAGUGCAGCGCCUGUCAAAGUUUGGCAACUCGCCUGUCGGGCGACGGACGUCCUGUCCGUGAAGAAGUCAUACGAAGCACUCAGUCGACGCCGCGUGUUGUACAAUCGGUACAACAGUCCACGCACGCAAGCAGCCAGCCACAUGGAAGCGGGCACGUUACGUCGCAUAGCAGCUCGUCGUCACAUCGAACGCAACGCAAGAAUGUCAUUAGCUGUGUCACUGUUGGUGAUAGUGACGGCGAAACUAGCCCUAACCGUACACACGCUCACUUAUAUCUGCCGCAACACCCGCAGCAUCAACAGACCACACAGUUAAUUAAACAUGAGCCACAGCAACAAUCACAUCAUGUUAGCAGUAGCUCCGGAUAUUCACAGUCACAAAAGAAACGGUUGCUGGCGAAGGUGCAGUCUGAAUGUAACAUGGUGAACGUCGCAACGAAGCCGGAACCCGGUGUCGAAUAUCUUGCUCCACAUCCGUGUCACGCGCCAGCUUGCAAAGAGCCACCGACCUAUCAGGAUGACGUCUAUGACAUACAUGACCCCUUCUUGCAGUAUGUGACUACGAGUAGUGCGCAUCCUCAUCUCCAAGAGCAGCAUAUCGUGUACACGACCGGCACGGAUAAACGAGUGUCCUGGCCUGGAAAGCGAACCGAGUAUAAACACGAGUACAUUCAACCACCGGCUGCUCAUUCGAGAGACCAUCAGAAGUGGGUGGUGGCCAAUCCUGUACAUCAAUAUAGGCAGAGCCAGGUAGUAGGUACGGCGGCCCAUCCGGGCCAUACUCACAGUCAUCAUGGACAUCCGGCUCAUCUGAGUCCUGGCGGCAGUGGCGGCGGUAGGAGUCCUACUGGCGGACCUGUGAUAGGAAGUGCCCAGCAUUUGGGACAGCCUCUCUAUCAGGAAUACGCUCACGUGCGCUCGAGAGCCCACGCGGUGCCGCCUCCUGUGUACGUUACUGCGGCACCAUCACAGGCCGCUACUGCUAUUCAGCAGCAACAAGUGCCCACGUAUCAAGGAUUCACACCCGGCUCGUCUCCAUUAACGUUAUAUGAUUCUAGUCGAGCAUUGCCACCGCCAGCUCAUCACAGCUCAGCCAGACCGUUACUGGCGAGUCAUGCAGCACACCCGUUGCCUGCGCAUAUGCAGCCUACAGCCGUUUAUGGAUUGGCCCCUCUUUCGCCAGCCAAACACCAAUACCAACCUUCCAGUUUAUGGUUUACCGAAUAAGUUAUUCCCGUCGAGGCGUGGAUGUGUAUUGUGUAUGAACAAAAUAAUGAAUAAUUGUAUGAUUUUCUGGAAACUUACGAGCCGCUUGCAUGCUAAUCAACGAAUAUAUAAAUAUAUUGAUCAAACGUAUAAAGAAAGAAAGAAAAGUGCCAGAUUUUUUCCCAUUUUCGUGCACCUGGCCAGUAAAUAAAGCGGGUCCAAACCGCUGGAAUUUGCGAAAUGCAUUUAAUAAGCACGAAAUAUACACGAAUUUACGAUCGAGCAAAUUUGCCGAAAGUAACAGUAGGGGUGCGUUAAGGCAAAAAUUUUAACAAUCCGUCCUAUAUAUAAGCAGUGACCACUCCCUUUCGAUCGCUCUCGUACGAGACGCGAGAUCACGGUCAAUGUAACUAGAUCUCUUUAUAUAUGUUACGUCUCUUAUGUGUUCGAAACAAUUUCAUCAUCUUAAACGGCUUCUAGACAAUCAAUAAUAUUGUACAAUUAUAUCACACUAUUAUUGAUUCUUCUAGAUAAUUUAAUAUAAUAGCGCUCAAUCAAAUAGUGUAAUAAUUUAGUUAAUUCUGAAAGACGUAUAGAAGUGAUUUGUGUAUUGGAAUAAAUUGGCACUUUUUUUGUGCAUUAUCCAAGAUUGACCAAUAUUUUUAAAUAUUCUAAGAACUUUUACAAUUUUUAAGAACUUGUAAUCAACGCAUUAUAUUAAAUAAAUUCCCGAUAUAACCUCUAAACGAUCAAUAAUUGUGCAGUAUCAAAUGUUGUGGAAUAAUAUUGACUAUCUUAGAGGCCGUAACAAUUUCGUAAGAGAGAAGGAAAUCGAGGGAGAAAGACUAUCUUACUUUGACACGCGAUUGUACGUAAACUGAUUUCUCAUGAAAUCUCUCAUUUGACACAUUUCUUUCUUUCCUUUUUCUUAAUUCCAAGAAGCACAUAUAUCUUGACAUAUGCGGCAUACUUUAAAUUUCGUAAGUUUCCAGAGAUACGCCGAAAUUUUAUUACGGAAAAUGAUAGAGUUUAUAAAGACAUUGUGUACAGACCAAAAUUUUCUAUCGAGAUGUCCCGAUCUGUUUAACGUCUAUACGUAUGGUUUCUCUCUCUCUCUCUCUGUUGUACAUACAUACAUACAUACAUACAUAUAUAUACAUAUAUAUGGAAUUCUGAUAUGUGACUUAAACAGAUCGGGAACGUUAAAUAUCGACGAUAGACAAGAUACGCAUGUAGUGACAGUACGAUCCACGUGUGCGUGGAACUGUUAUUAAUGAACAUCCUUUAUAUCCGAUUUAAUAAGUAACGAUUUAAUUUAAACGCGUAGAGAAGUCUGCAUUUCUUUACAUGAUAUGUCACAGUGACGUAUUACACGCGAGUAUCUUGUUUUUAAUCCUCCUUAACAAAAUUAUUUUAGCGAACUGUAAGUUUUUUCUCUGAUUGUUGUAGUAGUGUUCCUUUUGUUCUUGCUCGUGGAAGUUUUCAAUUACAUUAAGAAUAUCGCUAAGGGAUGUAGCGCUCUAUAAUCUUUUACGAUAUUUUACUCGUAACGGGCACUCAAGACUACUGAGGUAGCCACAUUAUUCUUUGUAGUUUGUAGCGUGUUAUUCAAGUAUACGUUAACACACUCACAUACACAUACACACAUGCGUACACACAUACACGUACGUCCGCACACGUACAUUAUUUAGUUAUAUUGCAUAUUCCGAACUUCUUCGAGUAGGAUUAUUCGGGUUGUCGUAGGUAUAGAAAUAAUUGUCAGAAAUAAGCAGGAAAUUUAGGAAUCGAGUCAAGAAUUUAUUAUGAUGAUUGCAUUAUGACAUCCGAAUCGACAAAAGCUUUGACGUGCCUUUUUUGGAACAGUUUCAUUAUUUAUUAUCUUUAUAUUAUUACUUUAUAUCAUCUCUUCACACAUUCGCAUCUUGUCAUUUUUCAUCGCCAUCGUGUUUGUUGAUACAUCUCCAUUAUCAUUAACCAUUGCUAAUCGUCAUUGUUCUUACUCCCAACAUUUUGUUCUGAAUUGUAUAAAAACGUAUCAUAGGCAGCAUACCUUAGGCUUGUGGUGUGAAACGCGAAAUUGUGUGAUCACAAUUUUGAAGAAUUCAUAAAUUGUAUAUAAGUUUAACGAUCUUUUAUUAAUAAAUACAUAUAUUUUUUUUAUUAACGUUUUGCGUUUUGGCAAAAGAAAGAUAUACGAGUGAACCACAAAUCGGUGAAAAAUAAAGACAAAAGUGAGCAAGUAAUAGUUUUUGUUGUUGUCAAAGUAGAGAGGUCUCUUCCUGAAUGCUAAGAGGAGAAAGAGAAAAAGAAAAAGAAAGAGAAGCAUUCUGUGAAAGAAACGUAUGCCAAACAGCAAUAAAGUAUCAUAAUGGGUCUUACGAUAAAGAAUUUUUCGCGGAUAUCACAAACUCCCAUAUUAUGUAUAUUUCUUUUUCCGCGUAUAUAGAUAUAAUAAUAAUAUGUAGGAGGGAGGGAGGAAAUUUCUAUUUAUAGAUAGUUAUUCAUAAAACGAAUUCUUGCAAUUACAUUUUUCUCGUUCAAUCAUGUUCUUCCUUGUUGCACGCAACAUUUUCCAAACUAUAGUCGACAUCUCACAUCAAUGGUUUUUCACUCUAGUUUAUCAUUCUCAGGCGGUAUCAAUAGACGCGGUAAAUACACACAGUUCUUCAAAUAUCGGCGUUUAGUUAUGCGUAACUGCUAAUACAUGUACUUCGUGAUUUAAUGGAAUAACGCUUAUAAACAUUGUUUCGCCAAUUCUAUUAAUAUAAAUGUAUAGAAAGUUUGUAAACGGUAAUAUUCGAUGUAUAUGGGAUUCAAUUGCGGUAUGUUGUUUAGAGUGAUUCACGUCCAGAGUUUAAUUAGAAAUAUUUUACACGUAGAGUGAGAGAAUGGGAAAGGGCGAGCGAAAGUGCGUAAGAAAGAACGAAAGGGAGAGCGAGAGAGAAAGAAAGAAGCAAAAAUUACGGAAUAUAUAGAUAUACAAAGAUAUAUACAAGUGUAAUAUAGGUGUAACGGAAUUUUAAACAUGUUACCGGUAUCAUUGAGGAGAGAAAGCCCUUUACGCGAUACAAUAAGUAAACGACAAAACGAUAUACAGCUGCAAUUUAACUAUAUUUAACUUAUAGAGCAGGGCCGUUACGGCUAUCGGGUCCAUGAUAGCCUCGCAAAUCUCUCGAGUGCCUUUAUAUCGAGAGGCAUCGGACGAAUCGACAUAAUCUAACGAUGCCGAACGCAGCUUCGGCAAAAGCAACCUAGACUUCGUUUCUUCUUCUUCUUCUUCUUCUUUGUUUCGUACACUUUACGCAGUUUUCACUCUUCUUGUCUUAAGAUUAAGCGAUUUGCUUUCGUAUACGCAUCAAUACGUUUGUACACACACUGUACGAGGAAACAAAAAAAUAUUUAACCAACUCGAUGUGCCUGUUUAACAAAUAAUCGUAUUUACACUGGGUAAUUAACUGUAAUGGGGGAAAAAAGAGAUAAAUAAGUGGAGAGGGAAGUCCGUUCUUCUUUUUCUUCAACCAUAGACUGAGUGCGCUACGGCGCGUCAGUAUCGGUAUCAAGUUUCACAAUUAUUAUAGUAACCGUGUGGUAUUCCACUUCUCGGUUUCGUAGCGGAUCGAUCCGCACCUAAUUGUACAUAUACAAUACAUACAUACAUACAUGCUUCCACGUAUGAGAGUAGAGAUACUCGCAUGGAAAAAAUGGAAAAAUAGAAAAAGAAACUAUCGUAAGAACCAUCCCCCGCGUGAGAAUCGUGGCAGGAUAAACACGAGUCAUAUCCUUAGGUUUCAUCUCUCAAUACGUCAGACGUGCGUAGGUACGUAGGGCAAGUAGUCAUACUACGCGAUAGCGAUAAGUUUUUAUCCCUCACAUCUUUUUUCACCCUCCCCCUCCCCCCCAUUUAAAUUCACGCGUAUUGCUAGAUCGACGAUGAUUUAGUCACGUUUUUUUCACAAGCAGGUCUUGAUUGACGAUGCAGAGAUUUCGAGAGAUAGCACCGAAAGGAUCGAAUUUGAAUGUGCGAAUGAUCGUAGUCAUUUAACGUUAUCGGUUUCGUUAAGCAUCCAUCCACGUGAAAAACACGUGAUAGUAGUGAUGAUGGACAGGGUGGGGAAUAGGGUAACAUAUCGACAUAUUUUAAAGGUACAAAACGUGCACGGACCAUUUACUUAGGUCGUACUUGAUUUUCAUUAUUAUAUCGGUAUCGAUAUGUUGUCUGAGUUUCAAGAAGUUGAUCGUCGAUCAUUGCGUGCUCUGAAUCAUUUGUUAGGCACUCGUGGUUAUUUUAAUGCGUAUGUUACAUGAUGUAAGAAAAAUAAACACGCUCACACGCGCGCGCGCGCGCGCGCACACACACACACACACACACACACACACACACACGAUAAACUACCUAAGUAAAAAGAAGUAGAGACGCUAUGAAACGCUGUGUGGAAAGUUAAAUAAAAGAUACCGUAACUGUCAAUGGUUCUAUAUAGUUGUGAUAUUUUACUAUAACGCUGAUAGUCGUGCGCAGUUAACUUUUGAACGGGUUCUCUCGCGUGCCCGAUCAUAUAUAUAAUAUAUAUAUCGCGAGAUAUAAAGUAUGUAGGAGUAUUCUAAUCUUAAUACAUUGAUUAUACAUGGGAGGGAGAUCGUAACGUUGCUGUAAUAAAAAUAAAUUAUGACGACCGAUAGGGCGAGAUUUCUUUUUUCAAUUCCGAAAUCUAAGCUAAAUCGUAUGAACUUUCACGGAUGUUUUCCCUUUUGUUAUUUUUUUUUUUUUUAGUAGUCUUGUAUUUUAAAUAUUAUUUAAAAUGCAAGAGACUUAAAUAUUUCGUGAUUUAAAAACAUUAGAACUGUUUCGUGUUAGAACAUGAGACCGAUAAAAAUUUCCCGUGAAUUAGAUUUAUAUAUUAAUCGCAAUUGAUACUAAUCUAUAGAAACGAAAAUAAAGGUGUUUAUCCGCUCGCGUACGCGCACAAGUAACGUUUACUUCUUUUGUUGUAUAAUGCAUAUUAGAGAAUUAGGUAUCUAAUUCUUUUAAUCAUUUUUAGAACAUGUACAUGUUUUUUUUUUCUUAUUGCAUCCGUGGUGGGGGAGUGAUAUAUUAGUCUUAGGUGUAGUGCCUAAAAGUGAUGAGAUUGUGUGUCGGAUAAUAAGAUUUAUUUAACGUAGAAUCUCCAAGUCACCUUCUUCCGUACCGGUAGACAAAAAAUUCGCUGGAUCGCGAACGAUCGUCUGAGAACUAAGGCUUGAUUUAUGUUAAAACUACUCGACUAAAAAUAUCGAUAGUCUGUUAUCAAUAUUAACGAACUUGUCGAUAAUGAGGGAAGCGUUGAAGCGGACGAUAGGCCGGGCGAUUGGUACUUUUUUGUGUACGGGCCACGGAUUAUUUAUAAAAUGAUGCAAAAUCGGAAAAUGCUUGGGUGUGCUUAGGCGAAAGGCGCGUGAAGAGAUAUUUGUGUAAAUAAGGUGAAAUACAAAGAAAAAUGAAAAAAGAAUAUAGGAUAGGACAGGGGGCAGGCUUACAAUUUCCUUGUGGAGUUAGGAUUAUAAUGUUCAUCGCGUUAUACGGACAGUUUUUCGUAUAAAAAUUAUAUUAUUACUGUAAACAAAGUAACACUGACUCUCUCACGGGAGAUAUAGAUAUGUAGUUAUAUAUAAAGAUAAUAUAGGAAAGAAUAACAUAUUUUUGAAAUUAAUAGAGGAUUGAUAUUGUACCGUGCUCCGUAAGUUAUGGAACGUUCUCUUUCUUAAAUUCUCGGUCUCCAUUUACUAGAUUGCUCGUUGUAAUCGGACCCCAUUUACGAGUAUAGACAAUUGUUAGCUAGGCUUCUGCCAGUUUCUCCGAAAACAAAUCAAGUCGAUUAUCAAAUUUUAUUGACACAUUUUAUCACUUGCAAAUUGAUUCUACUUAAACGUAUUCAAUUAAAUGUUAUCUAUUAAUAUUUUGAAAACUUUGAUUUGUUAUGAUAUACGUGUAAAUCUGUAAUACAUUUAGAAUGCUGUAAUAUUCAACGUUACAGAGAAUGUUUUUAAAAAUUCUGUAUUUACAUUUUUUAAAUUAAGAUAGCAUUCAAAUUUGAACGCAUUAUUGAUCGUACCAAAAAAUUUUCUAAAUGUUGUCGCUACUAAGAUAAAUGAAGUCCGAUUAGAGAAGCGAAAAUAAUUAGUCUGUCGCACGGGUAAUAAAAUAGAAAGCGAUGAGAUUUAUUAUCUGACUGUUCUUCGAUGUUCUUAAUGUUCACUAUUAUACUAUAGUAAUGUAACGACAAAUAAUAAUCAAUGGUGGGACUUGUACUAUAUACGUUUAUCGAUUUGUGCAUAAUGCUGUAUUAUAAAGAUUAGUCGUAGGUGGAGAAAGAGAGAGAGAGAGAGAGAGAGUAUUGUCGUGUCUAGACACAUGAUUGUUUAGAUUCUCCGGCCGUUUACGAGUUUCAUCUUUGCGUAGCUAAUCUUAGACGCGGCUCUCGUGUUUUGUUUUUUUAAUACGAAAAAAAAUUCUCUCCACACACGAGUCGGUAGCAAAUUUGGUGUUUUACAAAUCGGACGUUUUAGAUUCCUUCCUCGUAACGUAGAAGAUCCGGUUCUCUUAAUUGCCGGAUUGUUCGUACAUUGGACCAGACAGAGAUUGAUCUUUUGACACUUAUAUUUGUAGAAUCAAGGAAAAAAGAGAGAUACGCGCGUAAUUAAAGAACUCUUUUUUUUUACAAACGCAGGCCAUUUUUCGCUCUUUCGAGUCUCUCUACAUUUUUGGUACGUACACACACAUACAUAUGCACACACGUUGAGGGACCGAAAGCGUCUUCGUCUCUUCUAGUAUCCAGUGGCAAAGUUCGUAUUUUAACUAUACUUUCGUGUGAAAUGGACAGUAUUUGUUUCUUUAUUACUUAGUAUAUUUAAGCACACGAUUUCUUUAGCCAUUGAAAUUAAAACUAAUCAGCAUAUAAAGCUAGAACAAAUUGUAAAAGAGGCACACAGAAGUAAAUGUCCAUCUCGUCUCUAUAUACUAUUAUAAGCUGAACUUGCUGCUCUUUAUCGACGAAAAUAUAUGUCUACGCUACGUAUUUGUAUGUAAAACUGUACGUUUCUUUCAUGUAUUUUAAUUGUACUAUAAUAGUAGCAAUGCACAAAUUGCGUUAUUAACGCAUCGUUCUACAAUAGCAUAUCGUGAUCACAAGAAUUAUCUAUUAUUUUUUGACGUUAUAUUAUACGAGUUAUCUUGAUUUCCUUUAGUUUAAGCAUUAUGUUUCCGAUACAUUUGAUAAUCUUCAGCAUGUUAAUCCAAAUUUACAUUUAAUUCUACUUGUUUGAAUUAAUUUGGUAGGACAUUAUAUUUUUUUCGGAUAAAGUAAUUUUAUGAAACAUUUUAAGCUCGUAUUUACAUCUGAUUUAAUACUGAAUUUUUUGUUCAAUUUUUUAGUUUUGUCUGUUUUUCACCAGAAAAAUCUUAAGAGAGGGUAUUGUUGUUGUGAUAAAAAAAAUGUUAUUUUUAUGAACCUUUUUACGGAAACUAUGCAACCAAUGAAUAUGAAACUUUAUACACAUAAUAUGUACACAUCAUAUAUGUAUAUAUAUUUUAAUAGUCAAUAAUUUUUUUAAGUCAAAAUAAUGAAAAUUGUAAUAAUUAUAACAAUGUGCAUACAACGUAUUCGAACGCGCAUGUCACGGUUUCCAUAAAUUACUCAGUGAUCCAAAAUAAAAAUUGAAUAGAAGUAUUAAUUUACAGAUUUUCGAGUAUUGUUGAAAUCAGAAUUAUAAAAAACGAAUUAUUUUUUUCAAUCAAUUUUUUGAUCAAAUUGCAUGAACUAAACAUGAGUAGCGUGGCGAUAAAUCUACAUUCACUCGAGUGCAACUUUCUUAUUAACAAAAUCGAUUUUAUCCUUAAAUUUGCUUUGAUAAAAUGCAAAAAAAAAUAAUGUUUUAUCCUUGAAACAAUAAUGCCUCCUUAAACAGACGAGUCUCUCAUGUGGCGACUUUUUUUAGUAUUAAAUGCGAUUCACGCUAGCCUCAGAAAUAGCAUCAAUUCAUAAAAUUUCUCUUACGAUCGAACGUGUAUUUAUUCUGUCAGACUUCUUAGAGAAGAAUUUUUGUAGCGUUGCCUUACUAACGAAUUAUUACCGAUACGAUAAUUAUUAUACGCAAUAUUCAUACAUGCAUACAAGUACAUACAUACAUACAAAUACGUAUUGCCGAAUAAAUCAAUCGUUAAAGUCAUCGAUUAAUAUAGUAUCUGUUGAAUUUCGUUCUUUUACACACAAACAAACAUGCAAACGUUAAAACACAUCAUGGGGGAUCUAUGUUGUGGAUAGAUUUAAGUGCGAGCGCAUCUCGAAACCGUGAAAAUUACAUAGUUCAACAAAAAAAGAACACUAAAACGAGACUAAUCAUUUUCUUUAGUUUUAUGAACGCUGAAUAUGAAUUUGAUUUUCAAAUUGCUCUAUCGCAUCAUAAUUUUGAGAAAUUUGCAGUUAAAAUUGUACAAAAAGAAUUCCUUUUGAGAGUUGAAAGUCCUAACAACACUUAAUUGUGAUUGUAAUUAAACUUCUUUAGCAUGUCGUAUAUUAUUAUAAUACGACAAAACGCAUGAAAAUAGUCAUUGCAACUUUAACUGCAAGUUUCUCAAAAUUGUGACGUGAUGGAACAAUUUGAAAACCGAAUUCAUAUUUAGCAUUCAAAAAAAUUAAGAAAUAACUCACUCUGUUAUUCAAAAAAACCUUUCUUCUUGUUUAACUGUGUUGUACUUUUGAUUGCGUUCGAGGUGUCGCAAUAAAUCCGGGAAAUGUUAGCAUUUCUGGCUCUCCUAGCGUUGUGGAUCUUCCUCUGGACCACAUGUACAUGCAUACGCUAAGAAAAUAGUAACCCCAAUUGAUCGUCUGGAGUGGCGAGUAAAGUGAAGUUUCUAAACUACGAUUGUUAAGUGUAUAGAGCGUUUUUUGAGCUUUCGAAGCUUUCAACAAGUCUCCUUGAGAUAUUGUAAUUUGAGCCCAAAACAAUCUCUGCUUGCGUAUGUGACCCGCUCCUUUGCGAGCUCAUUCAUUAACACAACCGCACACAAGUCGCAGUGUCACGUCGAGAAUAAGUACGAACCAACUAGCAUGCUUUUACAUGCUUUACAUAUUUUCACUAGAUUCUCUUUGGUAUACUAUAAUGUAAACGAGAUGUUAAAUGUUCGCCUAUCGUGGCUAUCAUUUUCAAGUUUAAUGAAACAAAAUUGUGUUACCGCAAAUCCGCUCUGUAAUCCAUUGCUGUUUACAAUUACGCUAUUAAUUAAUAAGUUGAACGAAGAGCUGAUGUCGAACAAUUAGCUCUUUGGUCAGAUAAGGUCACUGCGUCAAUUGCUGAACGCUCAUCAGUAAAUAAUUGUUUAAGAAAAAUAUUAAAUUAAUAAAAGUUUAGAGUAAUGCAUUUUAAAUUAAUUAAUAUUUUUUCAGUUUCUAAAUUCCAUAAAUGUAAUUAAAAUAUUUUUUACUUGAAAAUGUAAUUUAUAUUAAGUUGUUUUUAUUUUUUCAUAAACUGAUGAAUUCAAAUCGUGAGAUAUAUCUGUGUAAAAAGUUAUUCUACUCCAAUUUGUUACAAUUAAUAUAACGUAUAUUUUAAUCAUUGAUUGAAAUAUAUAAAUUUGGCGUAUUCAAAUUUACAUUUAAUUUAAUAUAUUUACAACAAUAUAUAUUUUCAUAAUUUAUUGCUGAGAGUUGCUUUUCGAUUAUAAAAACAAGGCGCGGAUAUAUGUGCAGAUUAAAAUAUAGAGCAGUGUUUUUAACAAGAAAAUGUUUACUACUACGAGGUAAAAAGAAAUUCUAAUUAAGGAUUUUAGACUAGAUUUAGGUAGAGCGUGCCUUGUUGAAUGUCAUUUUUCCGAAGUCAUGUUCGUACACUAAUCCGUACUUGGGCACUCGACUUGGGUGUGCAUCGUGCGAUUAAUCGUUUAAAAGUACACAUAUAAUUAUGUAUAUUUUAUGUGUAUACAUAUAUAUAAAGUAUAUAUAAUUAUAUGUGCAUAUAUCUACAUACAUAGAUAAUAAAUAAAUGAAUAUAUACAUACAUGCAUAUAUGUCAUAAAUAUUACAUCCACUAUAUUAUAAAUAUUAUAUAUUACAUAACUAAGCUUGUGUACGUGCGACGAAUUAUUCCGGAGGUCGAUCAGAGUACAAAGCGUAGAUUUAGUUUGGCCUCGGAAAUACUCUGCGCACGCGAAGUUAAAUCGACGAAUGUUGAAUUGUACUGGAACACAUUAUUUAAUAAGAAAAAGAAAAGUAUGCGUAUUGUAGAAAACGAGCCGCUGAUUGCCACGUUGUUAAUACCGUCACAUCGACUGAGAGCGGAUUAUCGUCUACUUCUUCAUUGACAAUAAAAGUGAGAUUACAGGCGGAUACAUUUGUCAGGACGAGGAAAGACUUCUCUAAAAAUUCCAGUUUAGACUCCUGUUUGAUACAUAACGACUGAAUUUGUAUAUGCGAUUGAUGUAACAUUAAUCCUGGGUAUGCUAUCGUGGGUGAAUUUUCAAGUGCCAAGUUUAUUACAAUUCUUAUUAAAAUCAUGUUUGCUUAAAAAAAAUUUAAUAAGAUUUUUUAAUACGAAGAUAGCGUUAUUUCAGUUUAUUCUAACACAUUGCAACCUAUAAAGAAAAAAGACAUAAAAGAUAUAAAAUCUAUAGACAUAAAAAUGUAAAAAAAUUUUAACUGCCGAUGAAUUUUCACUCGAAGUAGUGUUAAUGUAAGAAAGAUGUGAGUAGCAUUCCAGAAUUAAUAAUAUCCACAAAUUGUGUGCAAAGAGAAAAUUCUGGCUCUCGAUCGAUGCGGCGUGACAUUUGGCAAAAAAAAUAAUAUACACCGAACGUACAUCUAAGCUAUCAAAAAAUACAAAUUCUAAUCUCGUCACGAUGCAGAGCUUGUGACCAUCGAGAAACGGCAGUUGCCAAUCGAAACGCUCGUCGCGAAGGAUAAAAAAAGAAAAAAAAGAAAGAAGAGUAAGAGAAGAAACAAACUCUAAAGAUCACUCAACGGAUCUUUAAAUAUUUCUCGGUGGUCACGAGCUCCUCACUCUUUCAAUAAUAAGGAUUUUGAACAAUCGGUGACGACUUAUUUAAUGACUAUGGAAAAACGUUUCUGAAUUUUUUAAGUCGCGCAUCGACAUUAAGGUGCAUAUAUCGUGUGGGCGCGAGAGGUCCAUUUGAUAUUUAUAUUUUAAUACACACACACGAGCCGAUUAUAUUUAGUGUAUUGUAAUUAUCGAAUGUAUUGAUUAACCGCCCCGGCCGUUCGCCCAUUCGUCGCGUGAUACCUCCCUCGUACCGUAAGGAGUGGAAAACGGGGCUUGCGAGCGACCGGUCGGCGCGCAAGUCACGGUUUUCUGUAUAUUACUGUACUGUAGUAUAAAUAAUCAAACACUAAAGACUAACGCUUAAGGUGAUCGAAAAGGCUCCGCUGUAGCUCGGAGUCGCGUAAAUGUAUUCGAAUUAUUACGCAACGUAAACGAUACGUGAGAAAGUAAGGGAGAGAGAUAAAGAGAGAAAGUGAGGGAGAGAAUGAGUGAACAGAGCAGAAGGGUGAAAAGAGAAAAAAAAUAAAGAAGUACAUUUGACUAAUUAACAAUGAUCGGGUACACUCAGCGGUACAGACGUUACUGUGUCUUAGUUCAUAAAUAAAUACGGAUGCCUGCGGGCAAUCUGUGAACUGA